AUGGAAAAUUCACCGCUGCAGCACACCGUUCUACACCCGUCCGAGGUUCACGAUGCAGCCCAGUGUGGUGGGCAUCCUGUACUGACUGAGUCGGGUACCGAGUAUUGGAUGAAAUGGCAAGAAUGGAUGCCACAAUUGAUGGACAGUUUUCAGCAACAUCAGAUUUUGCGAUUGGAGGGUUUUGUGAAGCCUAGCCUCGAAGCUUUCAUGGCACUUGACCCAGAGCUCUUAGGCUCCGUCGUUGUAUCCGCUGUGUCAUUUCCCGAAAAGGUUUUAGAAAAUGCCCCAUACGAAGAGAAACAGAGAUAUCUCGUCGACUCGUACAAUUCAGUUCUAGACAUUGCCCUUCCCAAGCAAAAGAAUAUCGGACCUGCAGGUCAUCGGCUUUCCCAGACGCUGCUAUCUCAAUAUCGCGUUCUCUACCAACAAUCAAAGUUUGGAGACCCUACCAAGAUGAUCAGGCUCCUCGACAUCCUUCCUGGUUUACCAGAUAGCCCCCGUAUUGAAACGCGUCUCUUCAACACAAACUUGCAUUCCCCAGAUUUUAGCUACGAGGCGCUCUCGUAUACUUGGGGCACGGUUUCAAACCCCCGCGAGCUACGCAGUAUCCGAAUCAAUAGUCUCACACAUCGUAUCACUCCAAACCUAUACGAUGCGCUGGUGGCACUUCGUCUGCCAGAUCGUCCGAGAACAAUCUGGGUCGACUCAAUCUGCAUUAACCAGGGCGACCUGAAAGAGCGUAAAGAGCAGGUCAUGCUCAUGUCUCACAUCUAUGCCCACGCGGAAAAGACGGUCGUGUUUCUUGGACAGUCGACACCCGCCACUGAGGUCUUUUUCAAAUUCCUAGCCUUGCCUGUUUGCGAGCUUGUCCCAUGUGCUACAUGCCCGAGGAGUCACUCACAAGGUCCGUGGCAAAAGCCUCCUUCUGAAGCUUGUGCCGAGGCUGGGUUCGAUGAGCAGGACGCUAUACAAGGCUUUAUACAUCUUUGUAGUCUGCCAUGGUGGUCUAGAGUAUGGAUCCUCCAAGAGUUCACUCUCAGCAAAUCGGACCCAACCCUAUACUGUGGUCGCGACCACAUCUCGAAUGCACUGUUCACAAAAAACUUCGAUCGAAUUCACAGUUGGGUUGAUCAUAAAAGAUUGCACUCGCAAUUGAUCCCGGGUUGUUAUGAAUGCUACGUAUUCGCUGGAAAACAGGCAGUAGAUGUUCAUGCAUCGAGUAUGGCAAUGACUGAAAAGCACCAAGACACUUCGGAUGGUUCAUUUCGCAACAAUAUCGAUGAUGAGGAUGGAGACACGUCACAAAAAGGGUCAGAUGUCAGCCUUGAAAAGAAGGAUAAGAUCCUUGGGACACGGAGUGGCUGGCAGUUCGAUUCAAUGAGCUCUCCCGGACAUGAAUGGAAUACCUGGGGACGCCAUGCAAGGCUGACAUUGGCCGUUCUAGAUAGACGUACCGCAUGCCGUCCGUGGCACGGUGCCCAGUAUGUCUACAGAUCGCUUUGGUCGUCCUGUACUGAUCCUCAUGACAUUGUUUAUGGUCUACGAGAACUCAUCGACCCUGCUUUUCGAGACAUUUUCAAACCCAACUAUGCCAUCUCAACCCGCAGUCUUUUUACGAGGCUUGCAGCUUAUCUGUUAGCCCUCGAACACUGGCCAGGAAUGUUUUGGCACUUUCCUCAUCGUCUGAAAGACAAAUAUCCAAGAGCAUCACGAGAUUUUACCAUCAUUCCGUCAUGGGUUCCCGACUUCACCAGGCCGAUGGGUUACAAACACGGGGAGAAGCCUGUUGACGUCAAGGAAAAGCCGCUACUGGACAGUCCUUUCAUCGUGGACCAUGUGCUGUUCAUGACCGGGUGGCUUGUAGACGAAAUCUACAAUGUAUUUCCACUGCCUAAGAAUGACCCAUUCAGACUGUUACAACAGCUAUGGUACGUUGAGAGGACAUUUGGAUGGGCCACAUACGAUUUGGUCGAUGGGCAAUGUCCCGUAAACCUUGGCGACGAUAGACCUGAGGGAAUCCCUUUCUUCCCCAGUGUUAUGUGGGCGACAGAGUUCCAUAAUUCCUCAAAAGAAACAUCAGUCGUGCAAAUCAUUGCAGACUUUAUUGACCUCGACGGCCUCUCUGACGUAUUUCGCCAUAGCGUUGGAUUGAUCUUGCCCACUGUAAAAAAGAUUUUUGCGAGACAGAGGGAGGAGGCUGGAGAUGCAGAAUCUGAACCUUAUCGUGACGAAUACCGGGAUCGAGAACGAGACAUGCUAGACAGGUUUCAGAGCCUAUUUCACCAGCUAGUGGGCGAAAGUAUGACAGAUUUCAUCGGGAUCUGCGCUUUUGAUUUUGAGGGUCUUCGUUCCCAAAUCCUCCACCGUUUAUUGCCCAUGACGCCGUGGCAGCCUUGGCGAUAUUACAGGCCAAAGUAUUUGCACGAGGAGGAGGAGAACAUCUGCAACCCUCCGCUGUUCAACGCUGCCCUGCAGAUGCCCAUGAUAUACAGAACCAUAUUGACAGCUAUCAACAAAGACAUCCAAGACCACGAAGAGCGCGAGAUGCGGCAAGAGGCGGUCUUGCACCUUGCCGAGUUCAUUCACGAUGCCGUGAUGGAAUUGGUAGGAGGGCGGAGUGAAGUUGAUUAUCACUAUCUGGGGGACGAGAUCGACAAUGUUUGGAACCCUCACACGCAACUAUCCCAUCAAAGAAGUAAGGGCAAUAACCCGAAUGGGGGUGUCAGUAACGAGACCGGCGAGGGAGCGAGUUUCGUUAUCGACGAUUUCAUGCUAUCGAGCAUGUCUGAAGAUGCAGACGAUGGCAGCCGCCCAGACAGUUCCUGCUAUGUCAAUUGGGAUUGGGGCAACGGGCCCUACAAGCAGGGCCGUCAUCCCGAACAUGCAGCGUUAAAAGGUAACACUUGGUCAUCUAUCUUGACCGCGACAGAGAGACAGUUGAAUUCGGAAAGGUCAGGGAGCAAUUCUGGUAGUAGUGACAAAGACUCGACCGGCAAAGGUAAAGGCCGGACUCUACGUCCUGGACCCAACGGCGCUGCAACCUCAUGGCGUCGCGUCGAGAAGCGCACAUCUACUCAGACACAUUUUGUCUUUCGAGAUGUUUGCGACUUUCUUGCCGGGCGUGAAAUCUUCCUCACUGAUAAGGGUUUGAUGGGACUCACCGGCCCAGGAACUCAAGGCGUCUGUGACGGUGAUGAUCUGUUUAUAUUGCAAGGCAUGGAUUUUCCACUGAUCGGGAGGCUUGAGCCAUCGGAUAAACUAGGAAACCCUAAAGCACGACGCAGGGAUAUGCCCACAGGGGUCGGUUACAUGAAGUUACAUUUCCGGACGGGUUUGAGCCUUUAA